CGUUUCGUCCUGCAAGGCCGAAACUCUCAUAACCCUUCCCAUUAAUCAGCUCCUGCGUGGUGUGAUGAUGGGGUGGCUGAUCACCACCCGCGAUUGUUAUCUCCAGGGGCCUCUGCUCUAUUCUCCGCACCAGCAAUUCUAUGCUGAGUCAACCACAGUCGGGACCGGGUCGAAAACUCACCGUACAGAGUCGAAUUGGUGGUAUUGUUAUUUCUCAUACUGACCACUUGACUUACGCCAGACUCUUGUUGAUAUAAGACCAUAUCUCCAUGAUCCCCAAAACUACCAUUCAUACAUCUCAACUCAAGAACCCUCAGAGCCCCACUGGUCUUCAUAUACUUGAUCCACGCCUCCCAAAGCUACCAUCCAUACUCAUUCCUCGACACCAGAACCCAUCAGAGCCCCACUGAUCUUCAUAUAGCAGAUUCACGUUCACCAAAGGCUAUAGCACAACAUGGUGGCCGUCAAAGACAUCAAACUCAACAAUGAGUCGAUCAAGACCCCAAGUUCCAAUCCCGUCGCUGUCUUUGUGGGAGGCACCGGCGGCAUCGGCCGCUCAGCAUUACAAGCACUCCUGAAAUACACAAGCAGCCCAACGGUCUACCUAGUUGGUCGAGAUCCCAGCCGACUAGAGAAACAAAUCUCGGAACUCAAGACAUUAAACACGUCCGCCACAAUCAUCCCAAUCAUCGCAAAUGAUCUUACCCUGGUGCGAGAGGCACAGAAGGCAGCGGAUGAGAUCGCAUCGAAAGCAUCACGAGUCGACUACCUCAUCAUGUCCGCCGGCUUCCUCAACUUCAACUCGGCACCAGAUUACACCGCCGAGGGCCUGGACAAAAUCACAGCCAUCCGCUACCACGCUCGAAUGGCAUUCCUGGUCAAACUUCUUCCUCUUCUUCGACAGUCAUCCGCACCACGCGUCAUCUCAGUCCUCGCUGGCGGCGGUGAAGGUGCGCUUGACCUCAACGAUCUGGGCAUGACCUCGGCGAAGAACUACAGUUUCGUCGCCGCCGGAGGCCAAGCAGCUAGCAUGACGACGCUCUUCUUCGAGCAAACGUCCAAACAGCCUGAAAACAAGAACAUUGUCUUCAUCCACAUCUUUCCCGGUAUCGUCAAGACGCAGCUCAGAAUUGAAGCGGGAUGGAUUGCAACACUCCUGUACACUUGGAUCCUACAGUAUUUCCUCAUGAAUAUCAUAGGGUACAGUUCUGAAGAGGCAGGUGAGAGGGUGCUCUUCGCAGCGACGAACGAUCGCUUUGCGAAGGCACAGCCUGACAUUGGGGUAUAUCUCGUUGGUGGUAAUUCGGAUUCAGCAGCGGUGAAUAAAGAUCUCAAGAAGUUGAGGGAGCAAGGGGCCGAGGCGAAAGUGUACGAAUACACUAUGAGCGACUUGGAGAGAAUCGAAAAGUCGUAUUGAUUUGAACACACGGGGAGGACGGGUUGGGGGGAGUCUUAUAUGCAAGUCGAAGGCGAGAUCUGGGAGAACUAGCAAGGCGGCAUUAGGUCAGAUUGAGAUAUAACAGCGUGGAAUAUAAUUGUGGGCUUCAGACACCAGGUCAUUAGAGCAUUAUUCAAUAGGGU